AUGUAUUCAACAUACAAGCACAUCUUUAAACAAAUGAAUGAUAUAAUGCAGGAUCCCAUCAUCAAUGAAUUUUUAUCAGUCAAAUAGAUUGAGGACAAUAUUCCUGACAGAAAGAACAUUAUUAAAUUUGGAUUGAUACUCAAACAAAUAGACUAGUUUGUGAAAGAGCAAAUGAUAAUUGAAUAAAAAAUAAAAGGUAAAUUAUUGGCUAUCAUCAAAUAUGACAAGUCUUUUCCCAAAUUUGUGAAUUUCAUCUAAAUAAUUAAUAAUGAGUAUACUAUUGAAUUUUCAUAAGCACAUCUUGAUGAACUUAGUCAUAUUACUGAUAGUCAUACUGACGACUUGUACACCUUAUAAGAUAUCAUAUACGAAGUUGUGAAAAGAAUUAAAACCAGAGUCAAUGUGGAGCAUCUCAAAUAUUUGCUCGAUCAAUAAAUUUAGCAUCCCAUUUCCACGAAACUCUAUUAAAUCAAUCAACCUCCCACAUUAAUAUAUUUGUUAUAGCACAACGAGAGAAUAAUAUUCAUUUUAAUUGCUGUUUGUAAUCAAGAGCAGAUUCCCUUGCCUUGUUUCAUUAAUUGUUUAUGUUUGACAGGAGAUCAGAUGAAAUUGAGGAUAGACUAAAAUCUAGAAAGAACCAUAUUGUCAAUUGUUUAAGUAAAGAAGGUGGCUGAAGAAUUGGGUUAUAACAAUGUAUCAUUAGCAGAACAAGGGCUUCUAGAACUGAAAUUGCAAUAUUAUAAGCAAUAUUUAGAGAUACCUGAAUAAGACUUAAUUGAUUCCACAUUAUCGGUUCUAGUAAUGAAAGGAAUAGAAGUAAAUUAAAUGCAAAUAAGAAAUUUGUUGACUCAAACAUCAAAAAUUUAGAAUUCUCCUUAAAUCAAUCGAUUGAAAACUCUAUUUAAUUAACUAUUAGAGACAUCAUAACAAAUGACAGAAAGAAGAUAACAAAAUAGAAAUCUCAAAGUCAAUAUUGUAAUUGUCUUAAAAUAAGUGAUUACAAAAAUGAUAAAGGAUAAAACAGGAUUCCCAUAAAUUAUAAAUUUGAUGAAAUUAAGAAAUGGGAACCUUAAAUUUGAUACCACUGAUACAGUACUAAGGAAAUAUUUUUAAUAUAUUUAAAAACCACUUGUUGAACUUUAUAGUGUUACUAGUUUCACUCAAUUAAACAACUUUUGUAGAACUUCAGUAUUGAAUCCAACAGAAUAAUGCGAGGCUGAAAUAAUUGAGAAAAUGCUUGAAUUAGUGUAUUAGGAGCGUUCAAAAUAUUUGGUUGAGUUAAAGAGUAUUUUCGAAGAAUCAAAAUAAACUAGCAAUAGUUUACUCAUGAUACUCAGUAUUUGUCAAGAGAAAUCAAAUAAGCCUCUUGAAAAAUCGGAUAAAAUUGAGAUUCUAUUUUAGAUAAAAGUGUUGAUAGAAUAAUUGUUGUCAUAUACAGAAAAAAACAAAAUAAUUGAACUGGAUAGUGAUGAAGAGUUAAAGAAAUUAUAGAAGAUAUGAUCACUAAUUGGAAUUGAAUUAUAAUUUAUAUAAAUAUUUUAUUUACAGCAAAUUUAUAACAUUAAUAUAAAAUCAUUAAAUUAAUUUGUUAGGAAGAGCAUAAUUACACAUCUGCGAAAUAAAACAAAUAGAUUAACAAGAUUAUAUUAAGAAUUAAAAUGCUGGAUUAUUAUAAUAAGAUGAAGUUGAUUAGAAUGAUGGUUAGUCAAAGUCUAUCAAUUACAUAAGACCAAGACCAUUUUCACAUGAAAAUAAUAGGGAAUGCAAACUAGACGUUGUAUGUCAUGAAAAUGAAUGCAAAAUUUUAUAAAAAUUAUGCUGCUAAGAAUGUGCACAUUUUGUUCAUCCAAAUCAUAAAACUGAUAGUUUAGAUUGGUACAUUAAUCACAUUAGAGAAAAGAUUAAGCGUAGGCACCGAGUGUAGCAAACUACAACUCAUGAAAUUUCGGUAUUGAAGAGUGAACAAAGGAAAAGAGGUUGAAAUAUAUAAUCAAGUAAUUGAAAAAAGUUGAAAAGGAGUGUAGAUCUAUAGAAGAUACAACAGAAUAUAAAAAUAAGAUUAAGUUGAGUUCCACCUCAAGAAAGGAGGCAUUUGAUAAAAUGAUAAGACUACUCAAACUUGUCAGACAUCAAAAUUUAGAUUAAUUUAAAUAACAUCAUUAAGAAUUUUUGGUUAAAGAUGAUUAAUUCUUUUUAGUUGAUGAAAGAGAGAGGUAAAAAUUACAACAAAAUUAAUUCUUAUAAACAUAAUAAUAAGAAGAAAUAAAGGCAUUGAGAUUGACAGGUGGUCUAUGGGAAAGAAACAUGAAUAAACUGGCUGGUGCUUUAAAGCGGUUUACAAAACGAAUGUUGUCACAUAGUAAAAAUGAGUAUUAGGCCAAAUUCAGCUACCCAUAAUAUUGUCCUGGUUGA